GCGUGGAUUCCAGCAGUGCUGAAUGAAUGGGAGGCUCUGGUUAAGUACCCAAUUUUAAUUUAACAGGGCCAGGGGAUUGUUCUUAUCUUUCUUUCGUACGGCUGCAGAGCGACGACUACAAUUUCACAUUCAGGUGGUCAAGCCAGACGACGAGCGCGUCAGGAGCAGCGGUGUAUCGCCGCUGUGAUUGAUGUCUCCGUUUUUGCGGAUGGGGCAUUGCGUCGUGAUAUGUAAAUGCACACACGAUAGGCCGUUUCGUUGAGUUAUUAUUUGUGGCCAGGUCGCUUCUGAAAAAAACAAGCGAAUAGCUCGAUGGGCUUUACUUGGCAACAUGGCGACAGUGGCGGCAUCGUCACAGAGGCCGAGCGACUAAAGCCAAGCGGCUGUUUUUGGCGAUGGCCGCUCACUUGAAGAAACGAGUCUACGAGGAGUUCAGCAAAUCCGCGCAGCAGGACGAGGGUGCCGCCUCCUCCUCCUCCGCCGCCGCCUCCUCCUCCGCCGCCGCUGCCGCCGCCGCCAAACGCCUGCGGCUCAGCAAGCCCAGCAAGUCGGCGGCGCUGCACGUGGAGCUGUCGCGGGCGCGCGGCCCCGCCGAGGCGCUCAACCUGCUGCUGCACUUCGCCCGCCGCCCCGUGGAAGCCGAGAGCGCCGAGGGCGUGCUGCGGAUCCUGCUCGACCACUACUACAAGGAGUCGGAGAGCUCUGUGCGCCUGAAGAUUGCAUCGCUGCUCGGGCUGCUCACCAAGACCCCUGGCUUCACCCCCGAUUCAGUCCUCGAUGACGUCAUCAACGCGCUCAACUCUGAGAAGUCACACCAAGUGAGAGCCCAGCUGUUGGACUCCCUGCAGGCACUGGGCUCCCUGCAGUCUGAGGCCAGCGCCCUGCGGGCAAGGCUUAUCGAUGUCGCCUGCAAGUUUCUCACCGACUCCUACCAUGGUGUACGGAGCAAAUGUCUACAGCUGAUUGGCCUGUCUGGGGAGCCUUCCCAGCCAGUUGUGAAGGAGGGUGAUGGGGCUGCACCGCGGGAUGUGCAAAGGAUUUUGGGAGAUUCCUUCACUGACCAGGAUGCCAGGGUCCGGACCAGUGCCAUCAAUGCCAUGUUGCAGCUGCACGACCGUGGCGUGAAGUUGGACCAGAGCGUCUAUCAGCAGACUUGCCAGGCUCUGUCUGACGACUAUGAACAGGUCCGGUCAGCGGCUGUGAGACUCAUCUGUGUUAUCAGCCAGAUUUACCCUGAAAGUGUGGUGCCGGUUCCUUCCUCCAAUGAGGAGAUCCGUCUGGUGGACGACGCUUUUGGCAAGGUCUGCCAGGUGGUGAGCGACGGUUCUCUGCUCGUCCGAGUGCAGGCUGCCAAGAUGCUGGGAACAAUGCAGAAUGUGAGCGAGAAAUUUCUGGAGCAGACUUUGGAUAAAAAGCUCAUGUCGGAUCUCAGGCGCAAGCGCAGCGCCCACGAGCGCUCACGGGAGCUCUUCACGUCGGGCGAGUUCUCGUCGGGGCGCAAGUGGGCGGACGAUGCGCCCCGCGAGGAGCUCAGCACCGACGCCGUGAGCCUCAUCAACCAGGGCGCGUGCGGGGCCCUCGUUCACGGCCUGGAGGACGAGCUGUACGAGGUGCGCAUGGCGGGCGUGGAGUCGCUGUGCUCCCUGGCGCUCACCUCGCGCUCCUUCGCUACCAAGUGCCUCGACUUCCUCGUGGACAUGUUCAACGACGAGAUCGAGGACGUGCGGCUGCAGUCGAUCCACGCGCUGCGCCGCAUCUCCACGAACAUCACGCUGCGCGACGACCAGCUCGGCACCGUGCUCGCUGUGCUUGAGGAUUCGUCGCGGGACAUCCGGGAGGCGCUGCAGGAGCUGCUGUGCUAUACGAGCGUGGCCACCAAGUCCGGCGUCCACAUGGCGCUCGUGGAGCUGCUCAAGAACCUGACCAAGUACCCGUCGGACCGCGACUCCAUCUGGACGUGCCUGAAGCACAUGGGCGCCCGCCACCCCACGCUCGUGCUGUCGCUGGUGCCCGAGCUGCUCAACACUCACCCAUUCUUCGACACGCCCGAGCCAGACAUGGACGACCCUGCGUACAUCGCCGUGCUGCUGCUUGUGUUCAACGCUGCCCAGAGCUGCCCGACCAUGACUGCCCUCUUCCCUGACCACACUCUCCGCCACUACACCUACCUCAGGGACAGCCUCUCCCACCUGGUGCCCUCCCUGCCGGGCUGCGUUCGGGGCUCCAUGUGCGAGGCCCCCGCGGCCGUGGAGGCCGGCGACGCCCGCUUCCUGCAGCAGAGCCUGGAGCGCGUGCAGCAGCUGCGCCGAGCAGACACGCCCGGAGCGGCGCGCCUGCUGCAGCUCACCAUCCGGGACCUGAAGCGAUUGGGGGAGCUGCAGCCUGAACUCACGGGAGCGGCAGAGUUCUCUGCGCUCUACCUGCAGUGUAAGCUGCUGCUCACGGAGGCUCUCCAGGACAAAGUGUGGUCCAUGGCUGUCCCCCUGUAUCUGCCUCAGGACAGCACAGCCUCCAAUGCAGCCGCCCAGAUCGUGGAGCACACCUACCGCCUGGAGUUCCUCUUCGGGGGCCUGGAGCCGCUGCAGGUGGCGAUGGUGCGGCAAACGCGGCUGGAGGCGCAGGCGCUGGAGCUCGUCCUCCAGGCACGCACCAACCAGGGGGAGGAGCCACUCUUAAGCCGAUGCGAGAAGUUCCUGCAGGAGGUGGAAGACUUCCAGAGGUGCCUGCACGCCGAGCUGGGCCGUCUGCAGGGCGGCUUUGUGGAGCGGUUGCUCGAGGCGAUGCCGCGCCUGGCUUGCUGCAAGCCGGCCGAGAUGAUCUGCAUCCUGCACACGCACCUGCAGCACACCACCUUCGUGCCCAUGCAGCUUCCCCCGCAGGUGCGGCAGGCGCGCGCCACCAUCCUGGAGCCGACGGGCGAGUCGGACAACCCGCUGCGCUUCACGGCUGGGCUGGUGCUGGCGCUAGACGUGGACGCCAAGUUGGAGAACGUGCCGGAGCCCCACCGCACCGUGCGCGUGCAGGUGGUGUACCCUGACGGUCAGGCCCAGAUCAUCCACCCGCGGCCGGGAGACUUCCGCAAUCCCCGCGAGGGACAACAUCGCCUCAUCACCCAGGUGUACAUGUCUCACGCCGCGUGGACAGAGCCGUGUCACAUCGAGCUGUCGCUGAUGCUGGCGUUCUCCGCCGACAGCGGCCGGGUCGGCGUCGGCCCCGCGCCGUCGUGCCUCUCGCCGAGCCCCGCCGCUUGGCUGGAGAGCGCCGACCCCGGCCCGCCGCCCCCCGCCAACCCGGUGGAGGGCACGGUGCCGCUGUGCCGCCCCGUGCGCGUCUACGUCAUGCCCAAGCCUACGCGACGCUAGGCCGCCGGGAGAAACCCUCGCCCAGCGGUGGGCUGGCGGAUGUGAUUCAUCGGGCAGCCGUAAAUACUUCCUUGGGGAGUGGGAGGUUCCUUCGGAAUGCCCGGGUGUUGCAGGCUCGGGAUACUAAA